AUGAGCGAGUACGGAUACGACAGGAGAGGUGGCAGGGAACAGCACAGACGCGGGGGAGGCAGAGGUGAGCACGAAGACGAUGUCGACGAUCGAGGAAGAAGCACCUUGCAGCGUUUCGAUAGCAUACAGGAUCCCGGAAAGCGUUAUCUGCUCAGAGAGUGCAUAGGUUCUGGCGUGUGCGGCGAUGUUUACGAAGCGAUCGAUCAACAAGCCGGAAACAAGAGAGUUGCCGUGAAGGUGCAGAAACUCACUCCUGAGUCACAAUCCCUGAUCAUCGAGGAAUACAAGAUUCUUCGUGACUUUGCGUCUCAUCCUAAUCUGCCAGACUUUUAUGGGAUUUAUCGCAGAAGAUCUGGCAAGAAGACCGAGUACGAUCAAAUAUGGUUCGUCAUGGAGCUCUGCGAGGGUGGCACUGUGAUGGAUCUCGUGCACGGUCUUCUAGCUAUGGACAAGAAAAUGCGCGAAGAACACAUAGGCUUUAUCUUGAAGGAGGUGAUCCAGGCGAUGGUUUAUCUCAACGAGCACAACGUGAUGCACCGUGAUAUUCGCGGCAGUAAUAUUUUACUGACCAAAGAAGGAGAAGUGAAGUUGGUCGAUUUUGGGCUAUCGAAGAUGUUCGAAGGUGAAAUGGGAAAGAGAUACACGUGUAUAGGAUCGCCGAGUUGGAUGGCACCGGAGGUGGCCAUGAGCAAAGGCAACAGCUCCGAAGGAUAUGGUAGCAGAGCCGAUGUUUGGGCGAUCGGAAUUACAGCGAUCGAGUUGGCUGACGGAAAGCCACCGUUUCAAGAUAUGCAUCCCACCAGAGCGUUGUUCCAAAUAGUUCGAAAUCCGCCGCCAAAUUUGUACAGACCGUCCAACUGGUCGCAAAAUUUUAACGACUUUAUCGCCGAAUGUCUCGAGAAAAAUCCUGAGAACAGACCGUUCAUGGCGGAAAUAGCCGAACACCCUUUUCUAGCGGAUUCAUCCGCGGACGAUUUUCUGCUAGCGAAGGAGAUCAAGAUAUUAAUGACGGACGUCUGUGCGAAAGGCAAACACGUGAGAAGACCGGAAGUAAUAGUUCGAAAGGGUUUCCUGAAGACUCAUCAAACAGACCCUCUAGAACCUAUGUUCAUGGAAGAUCUAGCCGCUCUCGAGACGCUCACGGAAGAUACGAUUUUGGACGAACUACACGAGAGAUUGCGGCAAGGUUACUACCACAGCUUUAUUGGCGAUAUCCUUUUGAUUUUAAAUCCGAACGAGCAACAGGACAUUUACGGGUCCGAUUAUCACACGAAAUACCAAUUCAAGUCGCGAUCGGAUAACGCGCCUCACAUAUACUCUGUAGCCGACAGCGCCUACCAAGACGUGCUGCACAACGAAGAGGCUCAACAUAUUUUACUAGCCGGCGAGAGCAAUUCGGGGAAAACGACCAACCUGAUGCACCUUGUCCGACAUCUCAUGUAUCUAGGAAAAAGCUUGCAAGACAUCGGGGCGAGAUUAAUGCGAGCUAUUAAAGUGAUUCACGCUUUCAGCAACGCUGCCACGCCUCUGAAUCCUAAUUCGACCAGGUGCGUGCUAGAACUGGAGACAACAUACGGAAGUUCUGGGAAAGCCUCCGGCGCCAUAUUUUGGUUAUAUCAGUUAGAGAAGUGGCGAGUUUCUACCCGCGACAGGAAUCAAUCGAAUUUUCACGUGCUGUACUACUUUUACGACGGCCUCGACGCCAUAAGCAAGUUGAAACAGUAUCAUCUACCACCGGGAAGAAGGAUGCGAUACCUCAGAAUAAGCGAGAAGGGAACGGAGAGGAAACGAUCGUUCAAAGUUCGAAACGAUCCACGCGGGAACGUGGCUAAGUUCGAAGAACUGAAGGAAAAUCUGACAAUCUUAGAAAUGGAAGAGUAUUGCGAAACUAUCUGGAAGAUAUUAGCAGCGAUUUUAAAUCUGGGAGAAAUUCGUUUCGUCGAAGGUAACAACGGGGAAGCUGACAUGGACAACCACGAUGCGGCCAACAGAGUUGCCCAACUUCUUGACCUAGACGAAAAGAAAUUUAAUUGGGCGUUGCUUAAUUAUUGCGUGAUCGUAAAGGGAAAUGCCGUACGUAGAAGGCACAGUUGCGAGGAAGCGAAAGAAGCGAGGGACGUAUUGGCUAACACGAUCUAUCAGCGAUUGGUCGACUGGAUAACGAAUACUAUCAACUUCAAGUUUACGGUUACUCGUGCUCUAUUCGGUGACAAAUAUGCGAUUAACAUAAUGGACAUGUUUGGAUUCGAGUGCUUCGCGACCAACCGACUCGAGCAGUUAGUGGUAAACACCAUGAACGAACAAAUGCAGUGUUAUUACAACCAAAGGAUAUUCGCUUGGGAAAUGCAAGAACAAGAAGAAGAGGAUAUACCGAUGCAACGUUUGCACUUUUACGACAACAAAGACGCGAUAGAUCAAUUAAUGAGCAGAGACAGAGGUUUAUUCAGUAUAAUCGAUAAUGCAUCGAAAAAUAUGCUCGAUUAUCAAUAUAUCAUAAACAAAAUCCAGCAACGAUCGAGCAAUGUUUAUAUAAAAGCGGUGAGUUCUCACGAAUUUACGGUCGCUCAUUACACAGGGAAAUUGCUUUACGACGCUAGCGAGAUUGCCGAGAAGAAUCGCGACUUUCUUCCUCCGGAAAUAAUCGAAACGUUCAGGCAAUCGUCCAUCGAAACCGUGAAAGAAAUGUUCACGAACAAACUGACGAAAGCUGGGAAUUUGACCGUUGUCGUUGACCAUCCGAAAAUUGCGGAAAAGAAGACGAGCAAAGGCAAAUGGGGCGCGCUCAUGCAGGAAACGUCGAAACCAAGGAGGUAUAACACCGCAUCCCGAGGGCAAUACUCGCAGACACGGAAAUUGAGAACGUGCGCGGCUACCUUUAAAUCCACCAGCCUCGAAAUCCUUAAGAACCUUUCGGCAGGUGGCGGAAGUAGUGGUAUCCAUUUCAUCAGGUGCAUAAGAUCCGAUCUCGAAGGGGCGCCUCGUGGUUUUUAUCGAGACGUUGUCAGACAACAGAUCAGAGCGUUGGCUGUCCUUGACACUGCCAGAGCCAGGCAACGUGGUUACCCGCAUAGAAUAUCUUUCCCAGAAUUUCUUCGAAGGUAUCAAUUCCUGGCUUUCGAUUUCGACGAGAAUGUCGAAAUUACCAAAGACAACUGUCGAUUGCUACUGAUCAGAUUAAAAAUGGAAGGCUGGAUAAUUGGGAAAACUAAAGUGUUUCUGAAGUAUUACAACGAAGAAUACCUUUCGAGAUUGUACGAGACUCAGGUGAAAAAGAUAGUAAAAGUUCAAUGCAUGAUGAGGGCCUUUUUGGCACGCAAAAACAUGGCGUCGAAGAUCACGAAGAGCGUAAAGAAAGAAGUUGUGAAGAAAGCGUCUAUAAACAAGAACGAAUCGGUGGACAUGUCGGAAGAUCAGGCAGCGUUGAUGAUUCAAAAAGCAUACAGGGGGCACGUAGUGAGGAAGGAGACAGCACCUCUUCUGGGAAAGGGGAAGAUGGAUCCGGAAACGAUGGACAUGAUGAAAUUCUACAGCAGCAAGUGGAGGUCGAAGAGCGUGUUCCAAGUCCUCCUACGUUACCGUGCAGCCCGCUAUCAAGACCUCGUGCAGUUCUCGCAACAAGUGCAUCUGUUCAAUCAAGCGAUAGUAGCAUCUCUCACGACGACGAAUGAACAAAUAUCCAUAGAUCGAGUAGAUACAAACGUUUCCACGUCCGCGUAUUUAGGCCAGUUAAAACCACCCCAAGUGCACAAGUUACCUUUCAACUUUCAUCAAGAGUUACCUUUUCCCGAUACGAAGAGUGGAAUGAGAGGUGUUGGAUCCGCGUCGUCAUCGGCGUCUGACGAUGAGCACGAAGCCUGGGACGCGCCAUUACGGAGACAAACAGUGCCGUGGGCCAACAGGAAGAGUCGUACCAGAGACGUCGAGGUUCAAACAACGAACUCGCCACAGCGAGUGGCGCAUUCGGGCACCGAGGGACAGAGUCUGAUCGACACUCCGUUUUCCAGAGACCCGAAUAUCUCGGUCCGAUGUCCACCCGAAGAGUCGUCCCAGAACAGAAUGGGUAACUCUGGAUUUCAACAUCAUUCGAGCAAUCGUAGUCCUGUACCUUCUGCUAACGCUCAUAAUCCUCGCUCAAAUUACGAUAGUACCGGAUCGAUACGCUCUAGAAAACACGCACCGCCUCCACCUGUUCCGUUCAAUCAAUCGCAACCACCCUUGACGCGCAACGUCGACAAUUAUAGCUCGGAUAUUCGAAGUAAAAGCAACGUAGAUACCGGCAGCCACGAUUGGGAAUACGAGGAUAAAACUAACAGGAGUAGCGGCAAUGCCAAUCGCAUCAAUCCGAUUCAGGAACUACAGAUGAUCGGUCGUAAAAGUAACACUGACGGUAACGAAGACAGCGAUGAACCACCAUUCAACUUUCAGGCGAUGUUGAGAAAAACGAGCCAUCAUCGAGCGUCGAUGAAGCGUACACCCGUUUACGACAGCUACUCUCAUUCUCCGUCACCACUGCCAGGUUCAGGAUAUCGUGGGAAUCGCGAAAACGAGUCACACGUUGUAUACAGAAGCGGAGGUAGUCGCAGAGAUUCUCCCGAAUGGAGUCCCAAUGAAAUGGUCAGAAUGUCUGAAAAAUAUGCGAAGGAGGGAGCCUGGGGAGAAGAUCGGACGGGUACCGGGGGUCGAAGCAACGUGGUCUCGGAAAGUGUCACCGAAGAAAUUGCACCGGGAAUCGUUAUCGAAGGUUACGUGGCCGAAUUGUAAAAUUCGAGCCAACGACGAAAACUCCUUAUGUAUCGAACCACGGUAAAAACUGGACUAGUUGGAAUUGCUAAUACCACGAGAAAAAAAGAGAAGCCUGCAAGGUACCUGUAGCUGUCCCGAUGGAAACAAAUGCACGACUCGUAUGAUUUGAAAGAACGAUACCCAAUCCACUAACGUUGCUGACUCGGAGAGAAAUUUUUUUAUCCACAAAUAUGUACAUACGUAUAUUUUUUUAAUACUUUUCUUCUUUUGUCUUUUAAGUGGAAACAAGUUACCGCAACGAUUCGACGAUAAACUUCUUUUGUAACUUUCAUUCGCGCCCCGAGCGACCAUCGCCACUUUUGUCCGACGUACGAUAAUUUUCAUCGAAUGGUUCGUUUUUCUAUCUGCCUGUCUUCUCCAACAGUUAGCAAUGCUCCUUACCAAUGUGCGAUAUAUGACCAUUAUUUUUUUAUUGGCCUCGACAAAUAUACACACACACAUACACGCAAACAUACACUCUUGUUCAACCGUUAACGGGUGUUUACAUUAUUACAAAACGAAAGAAAUAAUAAUAAUAACAGGAAAUCAUUUUU